CUCCCUAGUCCAUAGUCUCACAGUCACAUUGAUGCGUAUUUUGUCUCACAUUGGAGGGAAAGUGGAUGCCACAUGGACGUCCUCUGUGGCGCUACAUGAGUGGUCUACUUGCUAAAAUAGCUUACCGGCAUGACACCCAACUACAUACUUUCCCUCUCCCUCUCUGGACACUUUCGUCUUCUUCUCCGACUCCGACCCAUUAACCUCUUCCGAUCAAAAAUGUCUUCUUUCCACCACCAUUACGACAGCGACAUGAACGGAACUAAGCCCACCAUCAAAAAAUCGAAGCUUUCCUUCAUCACCCCUUCAGAAAUCGACGCCCAGUUUUCCCACCACGAUUCCGCAGUUGCCCGGAUCAACAACGGCAGUUUUGGCUGCUGCCCCUCAUCUGUAAUCUCCGCCCAGAACGAAUGGCAGCUCCGAUUUCUCCGCCAGCCCGAUGACUUCUACUUCAACGGCCUCCAGGAUGGCAUCCAACGAUCCAGGUCCGUUAUUAGGUCCCUGAUCAACGCAGACCAUGUCGACGAGAUCUCCCUCGUCGACAACGCCACCACUGCCGCCGCCAUCGUCCUCCAGCAAACAUCAUGGGCCUUCGCCGAGGGGCUCUUCCGCAAGGGCGACGCCGCAGUCAUGCUCCACUAUGCCUAUGGAGCCGUCAAGAAGUCCGUUGAGGCCUAUGUUACGCGAGCCGGCGGGCACGUCAUCGAAGUCCAGUUACCUUUCCCUGUCACUUCGAACCAGGAAAUCAUAACCGAAUUCCGGCGGGCUUUGGAGAGAGGGAAGGCUGACGGUAAAAAAGUCAGGUUGGCUGUAAUCGAUCACAUCACCUCUAUGCCUUCGGUAGUCAUCCCCGUUAAGAAGUUGGUGCAGAUAUGCAGAGAGGAAGGUGUCGACCAGGUGUUUGUUGAUGCGGCACAUGGCAUAGGAUGCACCGACGUGGACAUGCAAGAAAUAGGCGCUGAUUUCUACACCAGUAACCUUCACAAGUGGUUCUUUUGCCCACCAUCCGUCGCAUUUCUGUAUUGCAGAAAGGCCCAGAAAGGUUUUGACCUGCAUCAUCCAGUUGUAUCUCAUGAGUAUGGUAAUGGGUUGGCCAUUGAAAGUGCUUGGAUUGGGACCAGGGACUACAGUGCUCAGCUGGUGGUUCCUUCUGCAUUGGAAUUCAUAAACAGAUUCGAAGGUGGGAUUGAGGGAAUCAAGAGGAGGAACCAUGACACAGUUGUGGAGAUGGGCCAGAUGUUGGCCAAGGCUUGGGGGACUAAUCUUGGUGCUCCUCCAGAGCUAUGUGCCAGUAUGAUCAUGGUUGGUUUACCUCCUUGUUUAGAGAUUUCGAUUGAUUCUGAUUGCUUAAAGUUGAGAACCCAUUUAAGGGUUAAGUUUGGCGUUGAAGUCCCCAUAUAUUUCAGGGCACCAAAGGAUGGAGAGAUUAUCCGUUCGAUUGUAACAGGGUAUGCCAGAAUUUCCCACCAAGUUUACAACAAAAUUGAGAAUUAUUAUAAGUUUAGGGAUGCAAUUAACCAAUUGGUCAAGGAUGGGUUCACUUGCAAACUUCUUCAUGAGUGAGAAGUUGAACAAGGAGCACUGGGAAUCUUCUGAUGAAUAACAGCCAUGGAACUAUCUUUGGCUACUUGUCAUGGUUUAGCUACCAUGAAGUCCCAGAGCUAGCAAAGAAAAGAAAAGAGCUGCUGCAACAUGAAUGUUUAGAUUCCAAAUAGUUAUACUCAGCGAUUUGAAAGCUUGAGGAUUUGGCUUAUCAUUGCUGUUUUUCCAUUUGCAUGUUUCUAGGUCCGUAAAAACCUAAUGGUAGUCGUGCCUUCUUCUUCUGGUUAGUUUUCCUCGACAGUGACAUAUAUUUGUUUUUUCUUUUCUUAAUGUGGAGAGUUCUUAUGUGAAAUAAGUCGUGGGUUAAUCUGUUUCCUAGGGUGCAAUACCUGUUUGAUGAUUUUAAUCAUUGACCAAGUCAAAUGUUCUACAUAUGUUGUAGUUAUCGGUUUACCCAGAAUGAUUAUCUAGACCAGUCAACAGCUUGGAAUGGAUAACUUUGGA